CUGUGUUGCUGUAGCAGAGUUAUUCAUGGAUAAAACAUAGCCUGAUAAGGCAAACUGAGAUUGCCAGCUGACUUCGCACUGACGCUGAGCCGAGCUCCAAGAUGUUCACACAGUAUCCGCACUAACACAGAGGUCACGCGGGUGCACCGGAGCAUGGAGCUGGUGUCGGUGCAGCACGAGUUUGAGUACACGGCGAAGGACGGUCGCCUCGUGUCCAUCAAGCCAAACGAAAGUUACAUCUUGGUCUCCAAGACUAAUGAGCACUGGUGGCACGUCCGCAAAGACCAGCACACCAGACCCUUUUUUAUCCCUGCACAGUAUGUGAAGGAGAUCCCAUCACUUACUGAAGCCCCUCCUGCUCCUAAUAAACUGGAUUCACCUGAGUGUGUGACUAACAGUAAGCCAGUGGACAAUAUAACACCACGUAAGGGGACAGCAGUGAUUCGUGUAUCUGCUAUGGGGGCUUCAAAAGAGACGCACAGGUUCUCUACUUUUGGUUUCUGUGAUAACAUCUCAGAUGUGAAGCCCUGUAAGAAGGAUGGACAAACUAGCAGCAGCAGCUUUGCACUCAGCCAGGAUAGUAAAAAGACACACGACUCAACAGAAAGCUUUUCAUUUACCUCAGUACCUCUGAGCACUGACGUCCUGCAACUGUAUGCAACAGCUCAUCCUGUGCCAAAGGUAAAAAACGAACAAAAACAGCCACUGCAGGAUGAUAAAGUAAAGAUUUUUCUAAACGAUGAGGACAUGGACUUCCCUUCACCCCCUAGCUCACCCAUAUACGACACCAUACCAGCGCUCAACAUCCCACAAUUGGACAUAUUUCCCGAGCUGCCUCCUCCCGUUGCUUCAAAUGACACGUUUGUGUUUGAGCAGCAGAAUUCAAACCAAAUUGCAAAAGCUACUUCUUCUACAAAUGAACUUUCUGUUGAGCAGGUGGAGAAUGAAAGUCUCCGGUCAGCCGUGUACGUCAACGUAGCACAACUUCGCAAGAGCAUCUCCGAGUCUCCCCCCUCGGCUUCUUCGUCCUACUCUCCUUCCUACCUUGACCCGGAGGGAUGGGAGGUGCACGUUGACCAAGAUAGUGGACAGGAGUACUACUACCACCCCACCACGGGGCGCACCACCUGGGACAACCCCUUCCUAGACUCCCCCACGGACCCUGAGCCGCCUUGUUCCCCCUCACCUCCUCAGUCUCCCGCCCUUUCUCCGUCCACCGCCUCCCCCCCUGCGUGGACCUCAGACUGGGAGCAGUUGGUGGAUGAUACCAGCGGACGGCCCUACUUCUACAACCAGAUGUCUGGGGAGACGUCCUGGGAGCCUCCAGAGCAGCUGAGCCCGUACCCCCCUCUGAUGGAGCCUAUGAGCGUGCACAGGUUUCACGAGGACGGGCCGCCUCCUCUACCUGACGAGGACUACCCCCCAGAGGAUUACCCGGCUGCUGCUCCACCAGAGGGAUACGAGGAUCUUCUCGCCACGGGCCCUCCCACCCUCCCUAAAGAGUACACCCUCAGUCAUGUGAGCCGGACCAUCAUCCCCCGGGCCAACCUGGACCGCAGCACCCCGUCUGGUUGGAACCUCAAUGUGGACCCCAACGGGACCUGGGUGUUCACCAGUGAACACUCUCCAGAGCAGUGGAUCAAGUCUGUGGAUGAUCGAGGGCAGACCUACUACUAUCUGAGAGACGGCUCCAGGUCCCAGUGGAACCUGCCGGAGUUUCCUGUAUCUCCUGGUCAGUCCAGGAUGGAGAAUGGCGUCGAAGCAGACAACCUGUCAGUCAUCAAAAACUGGAGGCACUCCGUGGGACCUGGACAGCUCGGCCCAGCCCAGGAUGAUGGGAGGUUCUUCCCAACUCACCGGAGAAACACGUCCGACUACAGCAGCGACAGCUCCAGUACAGGAAACUCUCCGGAGACGCAGCAUAACGUGCAGAACUUAGAGAAAGCCGGGAUUCUCAACAAAACAAAAGUGUGUGAGAAUGGCAAGAAAGUAAGGAAAAACUGGGCCCAGACGUGGACGGUUCUCCACGGAGGAGUGCUGACGUUCCACAAAGACCCAAAGGCAACAACAGGGGCCUCGAACAAGACCAAUCAGAUUGUUCCGGAGAUCACGGUGGAACUGCGAGGAGCGACGAUUGGCUGGGCCUCAAAGGACAAAUCCAGCAAGAAGAAUGUUUUAGAGUUAAAAGGCAAGAACGGUGUGGAGUUUCUGGUACAGUACGAUACAGAAAGCAUCAUCACUGACUGGCACAAAGUCUUAAUGGACACCAUACGACAGCUGGAGUACCUGGACCAUCAUUCAGAGGAGGAGGACAGUGACUUAUAUGAGAAGAUCGGCAGCCCAGAGCUUGGAGGCGGCAUGGAGAAGCGAAGACCCUCCAAGCCGAGUGUCACAUCCUCCUCCAGCAAUGCAGGAGACGUGGACCAGAAGAGGGUUCGGACCAAGCUGAUGAAGUUCCUCAUGAAACGGCCGACGCUGCAGUCUGUGAAGGAGAAAGGCUACAUCCGGGACAAUGUGUUUGGUUGCCAUCUGGCCACCCUGUGUGCACAAGAGAGGGCCACAGUUCCUAGUUUUGUGGAGAAUUGUAUCAAAGCAGUGGAAAAGAGAGGUUUAGACAUCGAUGGUCUCUACAGAGUGAGCGGAAACCUCGCUGUCAUUCAGAAACUACGCUUCAAGGCCGAUCACGAGGAACUGGACCUCGAGGACGGCCAGUGGGAGGACGUUCACGUCAUCACCGGAGCGCUGAAGUUGUUUUUCCGAGAGCUUUCUGAGCCGCUUUUCCCAUUCAGCCACUUUAAUGACUUCAUUCAAGCCAUCAGAAUUCCUGAUUACAACACAAAAUUGUCUUGCAUGUAUGAGCUGGUCAAAACACUUCCCUCUUCAAAUCAUGAUACCAUGAAACUCCUUUUCGGGCAUUUACGCAGGGUCAUUCAAUUCGGGGAGGACAAUCGCAUGACUGUGCAGAACGUGGCAAUUGUAUUCGGCCCGACUCUGCUUCGGCCAGAGAUGGAGUCAUCCAACAUCACCAUGCACAUGGUCUUUCAGAACCAGAUAGUGGAGUUCAUCUUGAACGAAUACGAGCGCCUCUUCUACUCCAGCUAAAGCAGCCACAAGCCUCCGGUGCAGACCUGGGCAAACGUCUCAAUGUGCUCAAGUUAUUUGAUAGAUUUACUAUUUUUUGCAUGCACAUUAACAGCUUCAGUGCAACAUCUGAAAUGAAACUCCUCUUGUAAAAUAAGUUAAAAGGCCCUUCAAGUUUUCUUUGCUCAGAAUAUUUGAGGCUUAACCACAUAGAUAAAAGGGAUGUCCGAAUGGUCUUUACUGAGAAUAUUUGAAGCGUGUUUAACCACUGUUUGUCCAGAUUUACUCCCUAGGAGGCUGACACUGUUAGAGCUAUCUUUAGCAGUAUUGUAGUAUUGAGCCACGCAGGUGUGAACAGGUGUGGUUUGGUUUCCCGUCUUAGAGCUAUCGAGCUUGUUGCUUGGGUGGAAGAAGGACUGUAUCAGAUUACUCUAGCUGUCUUAAUCUCACAAGUCACUUUCUGGAGAUUUUAAUUGUUUAUUUCUUUUUUUUUUGGCUUGUCUAAACCGCAGUGAUAAUAGAACCCAAGUCAAACCUGGACGGAUGCAUUAAUGCUCUCUUAAAGAAAUGAUCAAUGAUUGCUUCCAUCUUUAUUUUAGAAAGUUUAAUGACAUUUAAAUGUUGUUUUCUAUUUUAAAUUGCAGUAUAUCACAUGUGGCAGUAACUGAGAUUGUAUUCUAAUAGGUCAUUUUUACCCAUGAAUUUUAUUGUAAUAUAGAAAUGUAUAAAAAUAAAUAUUAAUACCAACAUAUUGCUGUGAAAUAGAUGGUGAUAUAGAAUACUUGUGCAACUUCUAGAUUAUUUUCCACUGAAUAAAAUGCCAUUUUUUCAAUCAUGCUGUACUUGAAGAAACUGUAUAAUAACACCAUAGAAAUAUAAACUAGUCAUACAUUUUUUGACAGUUAAAUCAGUCUGACAAUGAAACAGAAAAGUGGAUUCUAGAAGAGAUUUAUGACCUGUAAAUAGAAAUAGAUGGCAUAUUUAUGCUGAAAGUUGUUGACAAUGCACAAGUUAUUCCAUAAUAAAAAAUAACUUUGUUAAAAAAGUA